AUGCAUUUCUCGUCGCUUUCUUUGGGCCUGCUUUCUGCGGCGGGCGUCGUCGUCAAUGCCCUGCCCGGCUUGGGCCUCGGGGACCUGCUCUGGCCCCUGAAGGUCCCCGACACGGUCGUCAUUGACGGGUGGCGUCUCGUCGAUGCAAAGACGCGUCUCUACCUGGGCGACCGGGAGCUCAAGGCGGCGCUGAAGCACCUCACAGCCCAGGCAGACUCGUGGCUAUCCCAGGGCCCCUGGACCGUCACCGCCAAGACGAAGCCUCCCCCCAACGGCACCAUCCACGACUACUCGUCCCAAGCACCGUACUGGUGGCCCAACCCCAGCACGCCCGACGGCUGUCCGUACAACCAAAGGGACGGCGAGCGCAACCCCGAGGUCGACCAGUACCAGGACAGGGUCUCGGUGGGCAAGAUGUUCAACUCGACGUACGUGCUGUCGCUGGCGUGGUAUUACACCGGCGAGAAAAGGUACUCGCAGCACGCGGCGGAUAUCCUGAGGACGUGGUUCCUGGACGACAAGACGGCGAUGAAUCCGAAUCUGGAGCACGCGCAGAUCAUUCCGUGCGCGAACACGGGGCGGUCGAUUGGCAUCAUCGACUUCAGCCAGGAGUAUACGAACGUCGUCGACGCUGUGGCGAUUCUCAACUCGGGGCCUGCGCCCGGCUGGACGAAGCGGGACAAUAACAAGUUUGUCGACUGGAACAAGCGCUUCUUGGCGUGGCUUGCGGAUUCGCCGUUUGGUGUCGAGGAGGCUUCUGCGCAGAACAACCAUGGGACGUUUGCCAACAUGCAGAUUGCCGCCUUGGCAGUCUUUACGGGGAAUCAUUCUCUUGCUGUGCAGAGGACCAGGAUUGCAAGGGGCUUUAUCGACAGCCAGAUUACCGCGAACGGCUCGCAGCCGCAGGAGCUGGCUCGGACGAGGAGCUUCCACUAUUCGAACUUUGACUUGUGCGCGCAUUUGCGGAUGGCGCUUAUCGCGAGAAAGGUGGGCGUUGACUUGUUUCGGUAUAAGGGGCCGCAAGGGCAGACGCUGUUCAAGGCGGUGGAGUUUCUUGUGCCCGCGGCAAAGGGGGGAGCGAGAGCGUGGACGUAUCCGGAGCUGGGGUUUACGCAGUAUGCGGCUACGGAUAAUGUGAGGGCUGCGGCGCAGGAGGGGGAUACUGUUGCGAGGGGGGCGGUUAAGGGGUUGAAGGCGCCGCCGGGGGGAGAUAUCUUUGGGUUGAGGCCGGCGCCGGAGCAGUUGGAUAGUAUUGCGACGGUUGGGUGA